AUGGGCGCAAUUAAGCGAGUCGCAGUCAUCGGCGCGGGGCCGGCUGGCGCCAUCACUAUCGACGCCCUGGCCCGUGAGAAGACCUUCGACGUCAUCCGUGUAUUUGAGCGCCGCGAGGCUGCCGGCGGCUGCUGGGUUGGCGACCAAAUUCCGCCGCCUCACCUCACAGCCCUUUCCGCCCUGGCGUCCCGCACCGCUGACCGCCCGAUCCCGGUCCCUGAGACCCUCCCGACCCGAACGCCGAAACACCCGGCCCCGUCGCCGCCACGCUUCACCGAGUCCGGCAUUUACCCCUACCUCGAGACAAACGUCGACGCCAUUCCCAUGUCCUUCUCCGAGGAGGCCAUCCCCGAGCUGCGCACCGAGAACUCCAUCGCGCUGCACGGGCCCGACACGCCCUUCCGCCACUGGACCGUCGUCCGCGACUUUGUCCAGGGACUUGUGAACCGCAACGGAUACCAGGACUUCGUUUCCUACAACACAACGGUCGAGCGGGCCGAGAAGGUCGGGCACGAGUGGAAGCUCACGCUGAGGAGGGAGGACGACGAGGGGGACGAGUGGUGGGUCGAGUGGUUCGAUGCUGUCGUAGUUGCGACGGGGCAUUACUGGGUGCCAUACGUCCCCGACAUCGAGGGACUCGACGACUUUGAAAAGGCUCGUCCGGGGAGCGUCAUCCACAGCAAGCACUUCCGCGGCCGGGAACAGUUCCGCGACAAGCGCGUCGUCGUAGUAGGCGCCUCCGUCUCCGGGGCCGACAUCUCGGUCGACCUCGUCAAAACCGCGAAGCUCCCCGUCUACUCCGUCGUCAACGGCCGCAAAGCGAACCUCUACUUUGGCGACGGCGCCUUCAACCACCCGCGGCUCUCACGCCGCGCCACCAUCGCCCGCAUCGAGGGCCGGACCGUGCACUUCUCCGACGGCACCUCCGUCGCCGACGUCGACAACAUCGUCUUUGCUACGGGCUUCACCUGGACCCUGCCGUUCCUACCCUCGGUUGAGGUCCGCAACAACCGCGUCCCGGGCUUGUACCAGCACGUCGUGUACCACCGCGACCCGACGCUACUCUUCAUCGGCGCCGUGGCGGCCGGCCUGACGUUCAAGAUCUUUGAGUGGCAGGCCGUCCUUGCGGCUCGCGUGCUGGCUGGAAGGGCGAGGUUGCCGUCGGCCGACGAGCAGGCGAGGUGGGAGGCCGACCGGGUUGCCGAGAAGGGCGACGACAUCAGGUUCUCGCUUGUGCACCCGCACUUUGAAGAGUACUUUGAGACCGUGCGGGCGCUGGCCGGCGAGCCUGAGAACGGCGUUGGCAGGACGUUGCCGGCGUACGACCCGUCGUGGCUCCAGGUCUUCCUCGACGGCCUCGAAUUGAGGAAAAAGAUGUGGGUAAGGUUGAAUGCCCAAGCACAGGAGGAGCUCGAGCAGGAAUCGUCGUCGACGGGUGGUCUCGAAGAGAAGGGGGGCAAGGGUGCUCGUUUACCAUCUGUGAAUGGGACAGAGCUCGAGAAAGCCCCCGUCGUGACAACGGUUGAGACGGCUCAAGAAAUCCUUGUCCAGCAGCGGGCUCCCCCACACGGAAUCUGUACUCAACAUGUUGGCCGGAAUGGCGUGGCAUGUGAAAAGGACCGGUGUCCCAGGCCCCCCCGACAGCCGAACAGCUUUGCUGAAUGCUGGACCGCGAGGUUCUCGUUCACUGACGCAAGCAUGGACAUCCUGUCGCCGCCGCCGCCACCGAAGCCCCCGAAAUCACCGUCUGGCUUUGGUUUGGGCCGUUGCAUCAGAGCGCUGCGUGUCGACAUAAAGGGCAUCUUGCGCGGACCAAGUCUCACGUCGAACUUCCUCAUUAGCGACAUCGUCGGGUUCCUCCUCCAUUUGGCCCUUGCGACCGACUGGUCCGCCGUCUGGUGGCAGAAGCUAUUCAGAUCCGUGCCGCUCUCGCGCGCCCUCGCGGACAACCUCUACGGUUUUUGGGUCGCCUUCCGAAAGGAACGUUGGCACAAGGAGGACCACGCCGAGGCGAGGAUGGACAAGUGGUGCCCGCACCUGUACAGGUCGCCGCCCCCGCGGCUGCGGUCUUACCGCGAGAUCCUCAACCGGCAACAGGCGUUGAAGAACUGCUGCGGCGCCCAGCUGGACGGCCUGGAGACGCGGGACGUGGCGACGAACAUGCUGCUGCAGGCCGGUCUUGCGUUCUGUUGGGCUUGGGCGCUGUUCAGUGACCACAUCACGCUCAUCCGGCUGCUGGCUGCGAUCGAGAACGACCGCAAAGGGUACCGAGACAAGAUCGAGGAGUCGACUCCGCCCGUGUUCCGCAAAGGAGAAGAACCGAUGCCCGUGGCUCGGGGCGGACAAUCACACAGCAGCUUGAGAAGAGUGCAGCGACAGAUCAGCCGCGGCCACGACCUCAUCGACAAAUUUGUGGAGCUGGAGAUGUGUGAUGUCGGAAAUGACACUGCCUGGGUCGAGACGGAAUGGUUGUCGGAGAAGGACGGCGUGAUUCCCGCAGACAUGGUGGUCGACGCAGACCGGUUCCUCGUGAACCGCGUCGCCUUCUCGGCAGGUUUGUCGUGGCUUCUGGUAUCCAUCAGCUGCGACUUUGCGACAUUCUACCUCCUCGUUCUCAUACUUCGCGUCAAGAGUCGUUUCAUAUAG